CUCUUUCUUUGUCUCUCCCCUUUGGGUCUUCUGCUCUCUUUACAGUUUGCGCAUCUUCUUCUCCAGCGAUGCCAAAAACUCCAUUAACGGAACUUCGUCUGUGAAUAUUCUUCGACAGCCUAAUCCUCUUGCAAUUUAUCACUCUCUCUCUCCUCUUUGAUUCAUCUUUGAGGAAGAAAGAGAGAGAAAGAGAUGAUAACGCGGCACAAUUUGGCGGAGCAGCUGAGAGAGUAUCAGGUUCGAUCCAAGCAUGAUUGGGCGUCUGCUUCCUUUUUCUCCUCAACUUCCAAUUUCACUUCUAGCAGGGUGGAUAUUGUGAUCUUCGUAAUUUGGGAGCUCGUCAUUCUUGCAUUCCUGGUUUUCUCAGGAGUCUCACUAUAUUUCAGACAUGUGCGACUUGCGUUUGUUUUGUUAUGUGUCACGUUGUUGCUACUUCUGUGCAUGAAAGUCACCAAGCAAAUACGUUUGGCACGUAAGAAGAAACGAAGAAUGCUUCUACCAUUAUCAAUGUAACGUCCUUUAGGCAACUCUGUCUGUAAAAAUGUGAGAUUAAUUACCAUUUUAAUCGUUCAAUUUUGCUCUUUUAUAUUUUUUGAUUGGUACCGGAGUUCAUUUAAAGCAGCUAAAGUAGAUGGUAGUUGUGUGAUUUGUGUCAUCUGAUGGACCCGCCAAGUUAUCUCAGGCCUGUAUUUUGAAGCAAUGUGUCACAGUUGACCUCUUUCUCACCAAGAAAGAUGUUGGCUCUGUGCUGCAGUCUAGUACUGGUCGCACCUAACACGCACAGGUUGGUAAUGAGGAUUUACACACGUGCUGGGUAGUUACUAUGGUUUGUAAACUUUGUAUACAUGGAGAAAGGGCGGUAAAACUGUGAAACUUGUGGACAUCACUGCACAUGUUACACAAGCCAUGGGGCAAGUUAUUCUGGUAUGUUAAAACCUACAUCUGUCUGGUAUUUCUAUUUUCAUGAAGCUGUAUUCUGGUGUCAAAUUGAGGACAAGUUUCUAUCUUGUUUCAUCUGGGUUGAAGAAGUGGACUGGGAUCCCUUUGAUGGACAUACUCCAUAUGGCUCCAGUCACAAGCAGAAUGCUCAGAAGUAUCCCAAAACACCCUAGCAGAAUGUUAAGGUACCACAUAAAACUCAACUCUUGAGGUUUCUUAAUCUGUAUCCACAUAAGACAGGGAUAUGCUAAGGUGAGAGACAGAGCAAGGCCCCCUAAUAGACCUGCCAAACUCGGCAAGAAUGGUAGUGCAGAUGCUAUGAAGACUGUUAAGCAUCCAAAGAAAGCUCGUAUUCCUGAUCUCAACCAACGAGGACAUGGUUUCUUCUUGCUGCUUGUGAAUCGAAACUCCAGGUUGUCAAACACUGGCAUUGCAUAUAUCUGGAAUGAGCACAGACAAUGUAUCACUACAAGUAAGCUUGUGAGACACAGUGCAAACUUGGAUGUGUCAUUCCCAUGGUAUUCAUACAAGACUCGUAGUAGCCCCUCAUUUGUAGGUAUAAUCUGUAGAAAUACAACACAAAUUAGAAGAAACGAAAAGGUUACUUAUAGCAGGUGAAGGUAAUGGCAGAGUUAAUUUUUCUUCUGGUUCCAAGUGACGCCUAUUUAAUAUUUUUUCUGUGUUAAGUUUUCAUAAAAAAAAAUUCGAUGUAAAAAGCAUGUAGAGUGUAUGUGUUUGGUUGGAAAGAAAACAGUUAAAAUUAGUUUUCCCCAU